UAUAUACAGCGAUGAGGACCGUCUCUCUACCACCUGGGCUUGUUCGAGCGUCGAGGAAAGUCAACAUGAAGAAGUUUGCUCACCUGGGUCUCCUGUCGCUUCUGAUCACCUUCUGCCAUGGGAGGUUCCUCACCUUUCCUAAACUGCCUUGUCCGAUCCCCGAAGAUAUAUUGCCUUGUACAUGUACUGGUGAUGAGAAUGGUACAAUGGACAUGGAUUGUUCUCAUGUAGUGAGCGAGGACGAACUGGAGAGGGUGUUCUCGUCGUUCUUUCCCUACACUAUGUUCCGGAACUUCACCGUCGUUGAUAACACGUACCUCAAGACCCUGAGGAACCAGGCUCUCGGCAUCGCCUCCUUCACGGGCGUCUACAUCAUGAACAGCGUCCUGGAGGUGGUAGAACCCGACGCCCUCUCGAGCAGCUUUGCCACAGCCCGAGUCGUCAACAUGCAGAAUAACUCGAUAUCUUCCUUUCCCUUCGAAACCCUGCCCUCCUUCACCAGCCUCCUGGAGCUCGGCCUCAGCGACAACAGCCUGACCUUCCCUGCCCUAGAGUCCGAGACGCUGCUCAUGCUCGACCUCUCCAACAACCAGAUCCAAAACGUCGCAGCCACGGCCUUCUUGGAUGUGCCGGAGAUCUCGGAAAUUUACCUUGGAGGGAAUCAAAUAUCUCACAUUCCUACAGGCACCUUCGCGGGACACUACAACCUGCACAUCGUGAAUCUAGAAUCGAACUCGCUGACCUACCUUCCCGAGGGCGCCAUACAGCUGACCUCCAUCAGUCCGGGGACGGUCAAUUUGCGGAGGAACCAGAUCACAGAUAUUGCUGUUAAUAGUAUAAUAGGUAGGUGUUUCGACAACCUAAUUACUGGUGAGUACUGCACCGUGCCCUCUGGCGUUAAAACUAAUGCACCAUCCUUGAGAUCCAGGGCCCCCCUCACGUGCGGCUGCGACAUCGCGUGGCUGAUCCGCGACCCCCUUCUGCUGGAGCUGGUGGCGGAGGGCGCUGCCUGCUUCAACGGGAUGCUGCUCGUCGACCUCGACCCCGGGAUAUUUGACUCCAUGGGAUGCCCUUAG